CAUUUUCAACCUGUCGCCUCUGACGCCUCUUUGACAUUCUCUGCUCAGUUCAGCGCCUCUUCCUGCCCUCACACAGGCCAAGGCCGCUCACCAGCAACGCAGAGUCAUAUCCCACACCAGCCUCUCCCCAUAUGCAUCCAUCAAGCUCCAGGACCAACGCCACAGCCUGUCAUUUUACCCGAAUCCGAUUACAUUUAUUGACAAGAACGACGCCCUGGCUGACCAUUGACCAGACAAGUGACAGACAGACACGAAGGAUAAGUAAGAGAUGAAAUAGUUUAGGAACGGAUGAUCUUCCACUAGCUGUUUUCAACUUUCACUAACCAUAUUGCGCUGGUCGCAUCCAUACACGAUGCGUCUUUCCACACUCCUUUUAGUCCCAGCUGUCCUAUCGACGUCCAAUGCGAUACACACUCAUCACAAAGCUGUUCGCAAUGCCCCUUACCUCGCUUCCAGCGUUCAGUCGAAUGACAGCUCGUCCCAGACGGGGGCAGAUGCCUCCGUGGCUGGGUCCAGAGCGGCACUCGAGCAACAUGGACGAGACCAGAUCGCCUUGAUGGCGCAUGGGGUCGGCAAGCGGAGUACACCUCACAAGCAAGUGGUCCGAAAACGAGGUAGAGGCCAGAGCAAGAGGGGCCAGAUUCGAAGAGUCAUCCGUCGGUCCACGAUUUGUUCCACUCAAGGCGGAUCCUCACCGUCCUCAUCGGCGAGUAUGUCGGCCAGCACGACGGCCAGCAGCUCCAUGUCGAGCGAAAGUGUAUCCUCCGCAGCUUCUAGCCUUGCUAGUUCGACCUCGAUCCAGGCAUCCCAAUCAAGCUCAACAAUGAGCUCAAGCUCCACGAUGCGGAUGAGCUCCGCCUCGUCGAUAAGAUCCUCCAGCACUAGUAGCUCGACCAUAUCCACGAGCUCUGCUGUUCCUUCCACCUCUACCCAGUCUAGCCUGGCAACAUCUUCCCAAACACCUGUGACUUCAGUCAUCAGUAAGGCCUCAUCUAUCACUUCCAAGACUUCGACAAGCUCUGCUAUGUCUACCUCCGCCAAGGUGAACAUAGUGUCGAGCUCCUCGAAGUCCACAAGUACAUCCUCUCCAACCACCUCGACGGUGACGAGGAGUACUUCCAUCGCUGCCCAGAGCUCGGCCACUAGAUCAAGCAGUGUCAAGACUUCCUUCUCCUCGUCGACACAGUCCAAGACCUCGACAACGCAGACGGCCACCAGUGUUACACACACUACAUCUUCGGCUGCUCCUGUCAAGACUCAGUCUGUGACGGUUGAUCCAGAUGGUGUGGGACCAUUCUCAGGAUGGGGAACAUGGUUUGAUGACGGACUCGGAGCGUGUGGCUGGUACAAUCAGCCUGGUGAUCCGAUUGUCGCCGUCUCUCAGCAGCUGUUUGACAACUGGCCUGGAUACAACGGUCUCAAUCCGAAUGACAACCCUAUCUGUGGGCAUCACCUUGCCAUCACCUGGGGCAACGUCACUGUUGUGGCGGAAGUAGCGGACAUGUGCCCGGGCUGUGCCGAGAGAUCUCUCGACAUGUCACAGGGUCUUUUCGAGCAGUUUGCCGACCUGGAUGUCGGUCUUCUCGGAGGAGUGGACUAUACACCAAACAUCACCUGGUCAUGGGUGUCUGGAACUGGGUCUCUUCCCACCUUGCCAGUAAACGUAGACGGACAAUAAUCAACAUUAAUCCUCAUGUAAUGCUCUGGAAGCACAUUUGCAACUUCAUCCUGAUUU